UUUAGCAGCCAUGUAAUUACGCUCAUACGUUUCCAGAAUCCCCUGAUAAAACAUGGAUUAUUAUUUUGCUGACACCAUUCUUAGCGGUGCCACAAGAUCCACAAGAAUCAUGCAGCUCAUGCCGAAAAUAUGAGGCCAUGCUUAAGCAGCCUCGAGCGGACUGACAGGAUCCCUUUCUAGUGAAUCUAAUGCCGGGGUCUGCUCAUAUUCUUUGGAGUAGUGGACUCGUUUUCACAACCCAAGGUACCGCUGCAGGACUCCGCGAGGCAGGGCUCUGCAAGGGAAAGCCUGCCGAGACUUGCACCGAGGCGAUUGGAUGGCGGGACGACCAAUAGGCAGAGGAGCUGAAUGUUAUUUGAACUCUCCUCAGACAGGACACAGAAACCAGACAACAUGCUCUGACUUUUCUAACAUUAUUCCCUGGUAAGGUUCGGCAUUUAUUUGCUCCCAAGACUAAGAAGGGGGAAAAACAAGGACAUCAUUUAAAUUAUUAUUAUUAUUUUUUUUACUUGCACAUCAGAGCUAUAAAGAAUGGGGAUCUACAGUUUCUGGAUGUCUGUGGGAGUCUGCUGAUGCACCUGUUGACUGAGGAGAAAGUGCAUGUUUAAGAAUGGACAAAUUAGCCCCGAUGGAGACUGAUGCUCAGCUUAUUUUAGACAACUGUAGGAGAGCUGAAGAAAGGAGCGGGCCGAACGGCGCUCACUCGCCUCAGACGAGUUUAACCGACACACGGAGCCCAGUCAUGCAGUCGACUGACCAAAGCUCUGCCUUGAGGUACAGAAGAUGCAGCUCCCCCAGGUCCCGUCUCAGUGGGGCGAAAGCCCGGCACAAGAGGCAGGUUCUGCAGGACAUGGCUCGGCCGCUCAAACAUUGGCUGUACAAGCACCGGGACAACCCCUACCCCACAAAAACCGAGAAGGUCCUUCUUGCUCUGGGCUCGCACAUGACAUUAGUGCAGGUCUCCAACUGGUUUGCAAAUGCCCGGCGAAGGCUGAAGAACACGGUGAGGCAGCCGGACCUGAGCUGGGCGCUGAGGAUCAAGCUCUACAAUAAAUACAUCCAGGGGAACGCUGAGAGGCUGAGCGUGUGCAGCGACGACACAGAGUCGGAGGUGGAAGAGUGCACCUCGUCCACUCCCAUCGGUCAGUCAAACUUCGACGGCUCGCCUUACCACCGACGCCUGCUGGAGAAACAGGCGGACUGCUCCAACGAUGACGACAGCAUGUCCCCUCCGUCCAAGUACAAGAGCGGCUUGCUGAACCGCUACCUGAACGACACCCUGCGGCACAUGAUGGCCGCGAAGGCCGACGCCAUCGCCUCCGCUCGGGGGAAGAGGUGCCUCUCCCAGUCGUUCAGCUCCAACGAAUGCGAUCGAGAUGCCGUCUCUCCGGCCACUUCCUCCGAAGCAGAGGCCAACUUCAUCUACAGCAUGGAUACACCCGACAUCUCUUCAGGUGAAAGUUACAGGGGCCAGCUGCAGAGCCGAAACCCACAGAAAGACGGCCAGGCCUGGAGGGAGAUCCAUGCCGCUGUGGCUCUCACCAGCCUGGCCAAGGGGAAGAGCUGCCAGGCGGCACCGAGCAGUGACCCGGCCUGCAGCGUAGCCGCAGGGCAGAGCCGCACCGCGCAGCCCUUCUCCGUCUCCUCAGCCAGCAUCACCGGCCGCCUGUGUGUGACGGGAGCCGUCUCGGCCCUGAAGCAGGGCGCAGGGCCCGCUCUCACCAGCCGCAUCAUCCAGAGAUCCUCUCACAUCUCUGAGGUCCAGACUGUCAAAGUCGCCCUGGCCAACAGCGGGUAGGCGCUGGACACCGCGUUCCACUCCCCAUGAGCCCAAGUGCCUUGCACUGUACACUGUGUACAGCCUCCCAGACGAAUGUUUUAUACCUUUAACGCCUUUCUAAUCCUGUUAUGUAUUGUAGCAUCUAAGCAGUAACCUAAAGACCAAUCCAAAUAAUGCCUGCGUGCUUUGCUACGUUCCACGUGACCUUCUUUUCCAUAACUUAUAUGAACUUUCAAGACUCCGGAAGAAUCCUCCAGUGAUGAAGUCUAACAGCAGCUUAUUGAAUAAAGCCAAUGUGAAACCGUC